UAAUGACCGACUCCUAGUCCAUUUUAUACCCUCAGGAUCGCUUGUUCGCUCCGUCGAGGAAACAAAAAUAUCUUAACUCGACAGUUGACCGACUGAACGUUUGGGCCGCCCUGACGAGAACGACGGGCACGCAGCAUUCUCAAACGCAAAUAGUCACAAUAUGUGGUAUAUUCCCUUGAAGUUAGCCAAAGUUCACAAUGGACGUACCGGCGGAACUGACGAUACGCAACUGACACUCAUCUUGUCUAUUUAUCACUUACGGUUCUUUUCUUCGGAGGCCCCUCAAGCUUGUACAUACUAGAUAUAUAACGAUGCAGCCUUUCGAGGGACCUGAGAUAUUGUAACCACCGUCCUGAAGUUGCGCUCUUGGAUACGCAUGACCACGAACAGACACCGGCCCGGGGAAAAAGCUAAGAAGUUUGCGGCAACAUCCGAGCAAUCGCAGCCUCCGACCUUAACGUCCAACAGAACAAGAGCGCUUUUUAGUAUAUCUUUUGACGCUAUGGCAAACAAGAGAGUGCCCCAUUGCCCCGACUGUGGCGUCGCCACUCCCAAAAAGCUGCGGUUCACCGAUGCGCCGUCUCCAUUUCGUGACCUAAUCGCCGUCAAUGGUAUUGCGUCCAGGUCUGAAGUUGAAUAUUACCUCCAGGGGGUGCACAACGAUAUCUCUGCUCAGGACGACACUAUCAGGCGUAUCAAAGCUGCUCUCACUGAGGCCGAGAACGAAAGAAAGCGUCUUCAGUGGCUUGCGGACAGCCACAUCGCCCUCACGUCAGCUUUCCGCAAAUUUCCUCCGGAGAUUCUCACCCAGAUCUUCCAUUUGGUGGUCGCAUCUCCACCUGGCGAACGCCCCGAUGGCAUAAAGCAAGUUUUCAAGGGUCUUUGGAACAUUGGAGCGGUUUGCCGACUUUGGAGAUCCAUAGUGCUAGCGAAUCCAUCUUUAUGGGCCUCUUUCACGAUUGAGGAUAGCGGUAGCAGGAGCUUAGUGUCUUUGUUGGAUACAUUGCUGGACCGAUCUUGCGAGGUCGGAAUGACCAUCGCAAUUCGGGGGAGCAUCUGGCGAGAGAAACAUGUCCUGGAACGUGCGUUUUGUACAAGCCAUCGAUGGAAGCGCGCAUGGAUUGAAUUUUCCUACAUGGAUGAAGUUUCUUAUGACCAGAUUCGUGGCCGGCUUCCACUACUGGAGCAGCUCAGUCUGUCUGCGAUGAUGUUUGCCGAGGCGUUUUCGUGGGGGGAUUUUCGCGUAUUUGAGGAUGCUCCGCGGUUGCGGGAAGUGGUUCUAGGUGCAGGCAUACCGCCUGCAUGGCGGUUACUUCUUCCUUGGUCCCAGAUUACCAGUCUUUGCAUGUGUCAUAGCGUUGAGGUUGCUGACCUUCGCGCAGUUCUCUCCAUUGCUCCUAACCUACAAUCCCUAUCUUUUCAACGGAUCUACGGUCUUGACGAUGACUGGGAGCCAAAAAGUGAAGAAGACAUCGUUACAUGCGUAUCUUUACAAAAUAUCAAGGUCCACGAAGCAGCGUUGUUUCGAACGGUUAAUCUUCCUUCUGUGCAAGGAAUUGAUCUGGAAAUUUCCGAGGACUCGCUUGAUGGCGUGAAUGAUGAAAAAACAUGGCUGAGGCUACAGAUUAACGAAGUUUACUCCAAUUUCGAAAGGAUGCUUAACAGUGUCUUCAGGCUCACACACCUAGACAUCACGCUAUCUUCUUUGUCCGCGGCGACAAUGUUAUUCCAGAUGCUUGUUUUGAAGGAGGAUAAGACCAAUGUCCUUCCUCAGCUCCAAUGUCUGAAAGCGAAGGCGGCCGAGGUUAAGGAACCAGAUACAUUUUUAAAAGAGAUCAAUCUUGGGGAAAACAUCGUUGAUAUGCUCGUGUCCCGAUAUCGCCAGCUGCCUAAUUCAUCUUUGACUGUGCUACAGUCAGCUCACAUUGACCUACCAUGCAUUCCGACACUCUUUUGGAUGCAUCUUCGAGCCCGUGAGGAGAAUUCCCCUGGCUUUCAAAACCUUAUUUCGACUACAAGUGAAAACGGCCGUUUUUUAAUUUGUAUGGGUCGAACAAGCAGGCUCGUUACAAACUAUUCCUGACCUCAUCAGAAGACCUAUUUUUGUCCGAUAUUCUUCAAUUCUUCAGUGAUAUAUUUCCUGAGGCUGCUGGCUGGCCUGAUGGUUCCCAUGAGGCAUAAGGUGUCCUCAGCCGUUCAGAGACAUGCUCGUCCGAUGUAUUCUGUAUCCGCUCUACAUGUAAC